AUGCGACGAUAUACUCUCAUUUUCGUUCUCAGCAUAUUCUUUGCGCUUAAUUUUCAUCGUAUUAAUUGUAUCAAUAUUACAUUCCUUCCGAAGCCCAAACUUUUCACACUAGCCGAUCUUCCACCUCCAAAUGUAUCAGAACUGAUCUUGAAUUAUGCAAAAGUUAUACCGGUACCUCCAAAUCCUGAGCUGUUUGUUCCAAAAGGAUUUAUUAUUAAAGUACACACGACUAAUGUUGAAAAACCACGGUAUCUUCAGUAUACACCCGAAGACGAUAUACUUGUUAGCGAAUCACAGAUCAAUCGCAUUUCUUGUUUAUUAGAUACUGAUAAAGAUGGCUACCCUGAUAAACGUGUCACAAUCGCCGAUGGAACUAAUGGACUUUCUAAACCAUUUGGCAUGGCAUUUUCAGGCCAAUACUUCUAUGCUGCCGAUCAAUGUACUGUAAGACGAUUCAAUUGGACCGGUUGUAUUGGACAACUGUUUGGUAGUGGUGAAGUAUUAAUGAACUAUACUGGUGAACGCCAUUGGACACGUACUAUUGUCAUACCACCAACAAAUGAUCGUCUUUAUGUUAGCAUAGGUUCAGCUUCCAAUGUCAACAUAGAACCUUUACCAUUGGCCUCUAUUCAAGUUGCUAAUCUCGAUGGAACUAAUCAGAAACCUUUUGCGACUGGCCUUAGAAAUGCGGUUGGCCUAGCAUUUCAUCCAAAAACUCAAGAACUCUAUGCAACAUGUCAAGAACGAGAUGAAAUCGGCGAUGAGCUCGUACCAGAUUUUUUUACUAGCGUCAUAGAAAAUGACUUUUUCGGUUGGCCAUAUGCUUAUUUAAGUCCAAAUUUCCUCGAUCCAAGACGUACUUUAGCUAAUGGCUCGAGUGAACGACCUGAUCUUGUCGCACGUACACGAACACCAGAUGUUCUUAUUCAAUCUCAUUCUAGUGCACUCGGUGUGACUUUUUACACGGGUAAACAGUUUCCUGAACGAUAUCGAAGUGGAGUUUUUGUUGCAUUGCGUGGAUCAGGUAAUCGUCAAGCUGCUAUUGGUUCCAACAUAAUUUUUAUACCUUUCAAUGAAACAACUAAUCGACCUAUCAAUUACUAUGAAGAUUUUGCUUAUGGGUUUCUAAUUAAUUCAACUUCUCCAACGAAGUUUGGUUCACCAGUUGGUUUGCUCGAACUCAAAGAUGGAAGUAUUAUAUUUACAGACGAAGACAAUAAUCGAACCUAUCAAAUUCAAUAUAUAGGAGAAAGAAACACAGCAUGUCGUUUAGUUUUAGCAGUCCAUUUGAUAGCUUUAUUUUAUUGCUUAUUAACCUACAUUUAUGCUUAA